AUGGAGGACGGAAGCGUUGGACACAAGAUGUUGAAUCACAGGCGAGAUGAUUCGAUUUGGUAUCGCAUCUAUACACACAGUUGGGUGCAGAUUCUUCUGAUCAGUUUCAUCUGUUUCUGUUGUCCGGGGAUGUAUAAUGCCCUCACGGGCCUUGGAGGAUCAGGGCAAGUGAACCAAACUGUUGCUGCAAAUGCGACUGUGGCCUUACUUGCGGCAACAGCGGCGACUGCGUUGUUUGUUGUUGGUCCGAUUUUCAAUCGCGUCGGGCCCCGUGUUUGUCUUCUUCUCGGGGGAUGGGCAUAUCCCUUGUACUCGGGGAGUUUGCUAUGCUUCAACUCAACCAACAAUGGUGCAUUUGUUAUCGCUGCCGGUGCGCUUCUCGGCGUGGGUGCAUCUUUCCUGUGGGUCGCGCAAGGAGCCAUCAUGACAACUUAUGUGCCCGAGUCACACAAGGGACGUGCGAUCGCCGUGUUCUGGAUCAUCUUCAACCUCGGUGGUGGCGUGGGAUCUUUGGCUAGCUUCGGAUUGAACUACAAUUCCACCAGUGGCACCGUCUCUGAUGCGACAUACAUUGCUCUUCUGAUUCUAAUGGGGAUUGGAUGGUUGCUGGGCGUGUUCAUCUGUCCCCCCGCGUCAGUCCGAGUGGCCCAGAUAAAAGCAAUCCCAGAAGAGGAAAAGAACUGGAAGCAGACGGCACGGCUUUCAGUUCGUACUAUCGCAAAUUGGCGUGUGUUGUGCUUACUGCCGCUAUUCUUCUCGGCCAAUAUCUUUUACUCAUACCAGCAGAACGUGGUCAAUGGCAUGACAUUCGAUAUCCGCACGCGAUCGCUCAAUGGCGCUCUUUACUGGAUCGCGCAAAUGCUGGGUGGUCUCAUCAUUGGCCUCAUUCUCGACUUUCCAGGUCUCAACCGACGCGUCCGUGCUCGGAUUGCCUGGGUGUUCCUCUUCGUGACCGGCAUGGCCAUCUGGGGCGGUGGUUAUGCAUUCCAGAAAUGGUCUUCGCGUCGCUUAGCCCAGGGCAUCAAACAGGAUAUCGACUACAAGGAUAGUUCCACCUCUGUGGGCCCAAUGUUGCUCUAUAUCUUCUACGGUGCCUAUGAUGCAUUUUGGCAGUCUUUCUGCUACUGGCUUGUAGGUGCCCGCUCCAAUUCGCCUGCCGUUACCGCUAUUCUGGUCGGCGCGUAUAAAACGUUCCAAAGCGCGGGUGGCGCCAUGGCAUGGCGGAUUAAUGCAUUGGGGAAACCUGCUAUGACCCAAUUUGCCAUGGACUGGGGUCUGUGCAUGGGAUCGCUUGUCUUCGCUAUUCCUUCCGUUCUGGCGGUUACCCUGACCAGUGAACCCGAGCCUGAGAUGACGAAAGCUGAUGUAUUGAAUUCCCCGGAUUCCCCAGAUUCCGAUAAGCCCAAGGCCAAUCUGAAGGAGUGUUAG